AUGGGAAGGCUUAUCAAGAACCACUGGGCGAGGCUCAUCACCCUGAGCGCGGCAACCUACCAAAUCGCUGCUGCUAUCGAGGGCUUUUUCUGGCCCAAGAUUUUCUGGGACUUCCUCACGAGGAGCCUGGACCCCGCAGUAAAGCCGAUACCGAUCCUGCAGAUCAUCAACCUGCUAUCAGGCCUCUUUUUGCUGGCGUGGGAAUGGCCGCUGGGCUUCAUCGCCGGAUCCGGCAUCCACCGCAGCAUCGAGGCCCGCCUGGCCGCCCUGCCGCUCGUCGCUCUGUCCGCCGCCCUCAUCUACCAAGGGACCAACGCCGCGCUCUACUACGUCGUUGCACUGGUCGCGUAUUUCUGGGCCUACAGCGAAGGCGAGAUCGUCUGUGCCAAGCCUUGGACUCUCCCCCAACGCGGACGAGCAGUACGCACAUAG